AUGAAAUACACCACCACAACCCUCUCCCUCCUCAUAACCCUCGCCCUUGCCUCUGCCCCAACAGACCCCCAGCGCAUCCUCCCUCCAAACUGGUCCUUCACCCUCUCCUCCUUCUUCGGCCCAGGCUGCCCGGACACUAGCAAAAACACCUCAUCCUCCUCCACAAUCCGCACCACGCGCCCCACCCACGGCACCAACACAAUCGACUUUUCAGAAAUCUACUACUGGUUCAUCGCCUACCCCUGGCUCCGCGUCGAUCUCGCCUCCGGCCCGCGUCACACCUGGUGCGAAGCCACCGUCUCGUACAAAGAAUUUGCGGAUACAGAGGGGAAGGCGGAGGCGGAGAGGUAUAGGUUGAGGGUGCAUAAGAAUGGGACCAAGGGGUUGCUGACGUAUAGGUUGGAUGAGGGGGUGAGGGUUUAUUGGGAUUUUGCGUAUUAUGAGGGGAGGGCGUUUGGAGGAGGGAGGUAUGGUGUUGCCGAUACGAUUGAUCUAACGGGCCCCUUGCAAUCCGGACCGCAUGCCCAAGAGCACUAUUCGAACAUUAGUUAUCCGCCUCAACUUAUUCCGCAGAAGAAAUGCGGGAGUGGGUUGUUUACUUUUCGUACGGAGCUGUGGGUGGUGGGGGAGAAGGGGCAGGUGGGAGUUGUGGAGAGCGAGUAUGAGGAUAGUGUGGAGUUGGGGAGGCAGUAUUAUGGGACGCAGCAGGGGUUUAGUUAUGAUUUGGAGAAGUGUGAGUGA